AUGCAGCCGACUAUAUCUGUGGAAGAAUUCCAACGCUUUCAAAGUCAGUUGCUAGAUCUACGUGAAGCCCAAAUCCAAGCGACAGAUGCACGUCUCAGAGCCGAGUCACAGGCGAAGCAAUUAGAGGCAGAAGUAGCCCAGUUGAAAACCUCCUUGAGUGCCGCACAGGCCGGUGGUCCACAGAAGCGUGUUGAUCAGUUACUCCGAGAUAAUGCUCAGUUGCGAGAAAAGCUUCUGGGCACUGAGUCGGCUUUCCAGCUACAAUCCUCUACACUCCGGGCCGAAUGCUUACAUUUGUCCUCAGAAGUUGAGCGCCUUAAUGGAUUGCUCAGUAAACCUCGAAACGAGGCAAUCGUGCAGACGGAGCCAGAAGCACAACAACUGCAUGCACAGGUUCAAACGGAUGAAGACCAGUCUCCAAACGUUCCCAGAUCCCCCAGUCCGCAUCCGCCUUCACAGAUGACAUUAGAAGCCAUUCAAGAAGUAGAGGGCCGUAUUGACGCGUUGUCUGGUCUUCUGAACAGCCAUGUAGAGACCAAACUAAGCUAUCUCGAGAAUCGACUUGAAAUUGAGGUGAAUGAAUUACGCUCGAAUAUUGCUGCACGCGAUGCGAUUGAGGCCAGUCUCGUAGCGGAGCUAAAACUGUCAAAACAAUGCACACAAGAAGCGCGAGAGUCGGAACAAGAACUUCGUAAUCAACUGAUCGCAGUGAAGAGACGUAGUGAAAAAUUAACGCGUGAAUUACGUCGUCAGUUGGCCCGCGUACUGCGAGCAACUGUUACCGGUGAAUCGGAACGCAGCUCUCUGCGUAAAUUAUCUAUCUACUCCUCUUCUUCCUCUCUGUCCAGUUCAACCAACAUACCGGGUUCACUGGUGAACGGUGAGGGAUCGUCGCGGCAACAACCAGCGGGUGAAACGAAUGAUGGUUCAUCGCUUGGUCAAUCCGAUAUUCCGGUUGGAUUUUUCCCCAUGGCUGACUUCAAGGUUAGUCGCUCCACAAUUUUUGUUGCUCCAUCUUUUCAUGUUCAACAGUUUCAGGCGGUCAAGAUUUUCCCAUCGUUUUUUAGCCCCUGCUGGUACCUUGCUAUUACCUUGGACAUAUCGCAUCAGAAUUUUGACCCAGCUACAUGA